AUGUCAAGUGAAAACGUUCAACAGUUUAUGGCUAUGGCUAAUGUUUCUGCUACAGUUGCAGAAAAAUAUUUAAAUGAAUAUAAUGGUGAUUUAGGUGAUGCUAUUAAUGCAUAUUAUGCUGAACAAACAGAAACAAGAAGUGAAAGGAAUCGUUCUACUUCUCCCAAAUUAUCAAAUAACAAUAGUAGAAGUAAUAGUAAAUUUAUGAGUUUUGCUGAAAUGGUCAAAGGUCAAAAUGAUGAAGAUGAAGAUGAGAAUAAAAGAAAUACUUUUGCCGGUGGUGAAACUUCAGGUUUAGAAAUUACUGAUCCUAAUGAUUCUAACUCUUUAAUUAGAGAUUUAUUAGAAAAGGCCAAAAGAGGUGGUCAGCAAUUGCCAAAAAGUGAUGAUGAUGAUUCCAAUCAAAGAGAAGAACACUUUUCAGGUAAAGGUUAUAGGUUAGGUUCUGUGAUUAACGGGGCUUCUGAAGUUGUAGAAGAUAAUGGGAUUAUAAGUGAUAAAAGAAAACAAGAAAGAGUCACAAGAGAGAUUACUUUUUGGAAAGAAGGUUUCCAAGUCGGUGAAGGUGAGUUAUAUCGUUACGAUGAUCCUGCCAAUAGUUUUUACUUGAAUGAAUUGAAUCAGGGUAGAGCUCCUUUAAAAUUAUUAAACGUUGAAUUUGGUCAGGAAGUAGAUGUAAAUGUUUAUAAAAAAUUGGACGAAUCAUACAAGGCUCAAAAGAGAAAACUGGGUGGAUUUCAAGGUGCAGGCCAAAGAUUGGGUUCUCCAAUUCCUGGUGAUGCUUCACCUUCACAACCACUUGUUGCUGACACUUUAGAAACCGAAUCCUCAACUAAGGAGAACGAAGAUAUCCAAGCCCCAAAAGGAGAUUCAUCAGUACAGAUCAGAUAUGCUACUGGGAAAAGAGAAAUAUAUCGUUGCAAUGCCACUGAUACUGUUCAAUCUUUGUAUGAUCAUGUGAAGGCAAAUACAAAUGAUUCAAGAGCUUUCACGUUGAAUUACUCGUUCCCUGUAAAACCAAUUGAAAAUUUUGAUUCAACAAUAAAAGAAGCAAAUUUGGUUAAUGCUGUAGCUGUCCAAAGAUGGGUUUAG